AUGGACCAGGCGCAUCAGAGCUAUGCUCGCGCAGUAUCUUAUGCUCAGGAUGUCAAAGACCCAACGAGACUACUGUCACUAAGUCUUGCACUCUUGUCCAUCACCAACAUGAUGGGACGUUGGUCUGAGAGUCAGGUUCACAUUACGGCUGGACACCGGUUAUUGAAGCAGGCUGGUACUGAUGAAGCAACAAUGAGUGCGGCUGAGAUCCUAACACGACUCGACCUACAAGCCAUGACAUUUUCCGACUCCAGUGCUCCAUAUUCUUACGACAACACACCGCGGUCAGUGUACAUUGACACCCUAAUGCGCCAGAUAGAACGGUUGGAGAGCUAUGCGCAAGCGGGCACGGCGCUGUUUGGUCUGAUGAGGAGGUUCAUGCUGUUGGGUGAGACGUUAGUAGCCGACGAUGGCGAACAGGGUGAAGAGGCCAUCAUACAGAAUCUGAUGCAGGACAUUGCAUCGUGGGAGUACAAGAUGGCCGACUUUGAGAGGAACCGCGAUCCACACAACGCCAUAGGAGCUAUAUCCAUCAGGCUGUAUCACACGUUGCUGCGCAUGUGCAUCACUGCGGGAGGAUACGGGCCUGAGGCGCGAUGGGACAGGUUGCUUGGAUACUUUGAGCGCAUCCUCACACUCGCAGAGCUGUUGUGGUCCAACACGCCAAACACCCACGUGCAAUCGCCUCUUUCUCUGGAACCGGGUCUGAUCGUGCCCGUGUUCAUGGCGUGUCAGCGGUGUCGACAUCCGUGGCUCAGACGAAGAGGUAUUGCGUUUUUGCACAAGAUCAAGAGACAGGAGGGUAUGUGGUCGAGUGACGGCGCUGCGGUGGUGGCCGAGAAGAUCAUGGAGGUUGAGGGACAAGUGUAUUACACCAGCGACCUCUCAAGGGAGAAUUCCCCAUCUCCGAUGCAAGUCGAGGAGAUGUCCUGGGAGGAAUGGGCAACUGGGGACGGACAAUUGCCUGCAAAGACGAGUUGGGCUGGUAUACCUAGAGUCCCGGAGAAGGGAAGAGUGCGGGAUACUCUGGUCAUGGUGGAAGCUGAGCAGAAGCGAGUUCACCUGUCGCUGAUAAUGUCUCCGGGAGAAGAUCUUUUGGGCACACUUGGCGAAGUCCGAAUGGAGACGGUGACGUUCUAA